CUAGAAUGCUAGAUGGUGUGCCGCGAGGUGAUUUCUGGAUCACCAUCAGAUCAAAUCUCGGCUCUAAUCCAAACGCGUGAACCCUUCUCCCGCGGUCAGCGACCGAAAUUUGGCCGGCCACCGCCACCUCUUGCCCUGCGGCCUGCCGGCGCCGAGAGAGUUUUGUGCCGCGGAAGUGACUCGGCUUUCCCACCGCUUCACCGGCACCCCCACGCGCCAUCGAGCCAUCCGCGCUCCUCAUCUGACGGCCACCAGAAGCAUCUCAUUCUCACGACCCCUCGCCGUCCGUCCCGGCCCCUCUUUCUUCAAACCCACGCAACCAGGAGUCCACCACAGCAAAGGUGGCAACGGGCAAGCCACCACCAACCCAGCAGACUAGCUGGAGCAGAGCACGAUCGUCCCCGCGACCCCGCCCGAAGGUCUCCGGUCUCCCCAAUCCCCAUCCCCUCGCACCCACCUUCUCACACCAGGCAUGACGGCGACGUCCAGGGCCCCGCGGCGUCCCCGCAUCCGCCCGCGCGGCCCGCCGCCGGCGCCGACCCCGAUCCGCACGGCGCGGGGCGUGCGCUCCGCCGCUGCCGACGAGCGCGUCCUCGCCGAGUUCCUCGAGGCCUCCCUCCGCGUGCCCGAUCUCUCCCUGCCUCCGCGGAAGCGCUUCAACUUCCCGCCCGCGCCUGCGCCGGCGCCGGCGACUCCGCCGGAAUCGGACGACGAGAUGAUCCCUUCGCACGCCCUCGUCUCGGGCGACGCGGACGCGGCGCUGCGGGCGGUGACAGCGGCAGCGGAGUCCGGCGCGUUCCGCGUGACGGGCGCGACCGACGCUCGCGAGGUGCGCGAAGCCGUGGAGGCGGCGUCGGGGGCCGUGUUCGCGGCGCCGGAGGAGGUGAAGCGCGGCCUGGAUAGACGGUUGUUCCGAAGGAGAGAUGGGGCGCCCGGGGAGGAGUUCUUCUGGUUCCGGCCGAUGAGCGCCGGCGAGGACAGAGCGAUGGACGCGGCCUUCCCAGGCUCCACGUACUGUGCGUUCAGGGAGAAGAUGGACACUUUGGCAUCCAAAAUGGAGGAUGUAGCAAAAGCUGCCAUCAGGGUUCUAUCUGAUAACGUCAAAAAUCCUAAAGCCUCUGCUCAGUUCAGAGAAGCCCCGUCAAUCCUGUGCCUGACAUUGUACAGCAGUAACAUGCGGAGAACAUAUUGGAACGAGUUUGACAGCACUACUGCUCCUAACUCGCACGCUUUGAGCAUCCACCUCUGUGGACAUGAUAGGCGGAUUUGUCUCCGCAAUCUGGGGGGCUCAACCUUCUCCAGUUUGCCUGCAGGCUGUAUGCUUGUAACAAUCGGCAAGCAGAUUCAGGAAUGGUCCAAUGGGCAGUUCAAGGCCUCUGUUGGAGAGGUACUGUUUGAGAUGACCGAUGAACCAGGCCCCUUCAUCUCCGUGGAACUCAUGUACUGUCCAGACGACCUGCAUCUUUCUGAGGUUGGCCGGCACGCCAGUCCCAUUGACCGUCCCAAGAUCGUUUCUUUUAGGGAUCAGGUUCUGAUCGCUCUGAUUUUGCUGUCUUUGUUCUACCUCUUCUGGUGCUGAGUGCAUCCGAGUUCCAUUUGGAGUUUAGGACUGAUUCCUUUGCGAUGUCCGAGAUGGCUAAAUUUUACAGCCUUCUUGGUCCUAACUGCCUGCCCUUUUCCAUUGGUUGAUUAUGGAGAUUGGGGAAACACUGCAUGGAUUGCAGUGACAACAGGUGGUUUGAGUGUUUGGAUUGAUUUACAUUCUUUUUUACGUGAAUAAAAGGAAAAAAAAAGGUUUGGUAAAUAUUGCUUUUAGCUUGUCAUAGUUGAGGAAAAUGCUAUGGGAUUGGUUGAUUUUUGGAUUGAGAGAGAGUUGCCGCUGCAAUUGAAGUAUUACUGUGAUAAGAGUUGUUUCUCAUCUCUUUUGUACAUUCCUGAAUCAUGUAUGUAGUAGUAUAUGGGUUGCUCGUGUGGGCUGUGGCCUGGAUAUAGGGCAUCGCUUCCUUGCAAUGUGAAGGCCUGUACUGUAACUAUGGUUACCUGAAAGAAAGGAUUGUAUUGUACUGUAAUUAUUUCUUAAUGAAUAGAGGAAUCCUUUUUUUUUUACA